GCCAACAACCAAGCAAUCAGAGCUUCCUUUCUUCUCACCCUCAAGAAGCAUGCAUCCAUCCGCGCUCCUUAUGAUCCUGGUGGUCGCCGGCGCCGCCGCCGGCGCGGUGCACGGCCACCCUGCAGCUAUGACUCCGGCGGCACAGUUCUGGCAGCAGGCCCUCCCCGGCACGACGAUGCCAGCGGCCAUUGCAGAUCUUGUCCAGCAAGGCAUCGAUCACUCGCCGCUUGUGAAGCACUACGCUGCACAGCAGCCCGGUAUCAGUCCAUGCCUACUCUUCAACUCCGUUUGUGAUCCGCGGAUGGUCGCGGAGACGGGCAUCUUCUUCCACGAGGCGCAGCUGCGUCCGGGCAGCGCCAUGACGCUCUCCCUCCCGGCAGAGGUCGAGUCCGCAAUCCUCCCCCGCGACGUCGCCGGGAAGGUCCCCUUCGGAAACCUAGCAGACGUGCUCGCCGCCUUCAGCAUCCCGGCGGGCUCCGCCGAGGCCGCCCAGGUGAGGGACACCCUGAGCAGGUGCCAGGAGCCACCCGUCGCCGGCGAGGUCAAGGCCUGCGCCACGUCCCUGGAGGGCACCGUGCGGAGCGCCAUGGGCAUGCUUGGGAGCCCCAGCCAGGGCGUGUGGGCGGCCACGUCGACGCUCCCCCGCGGCGGCCUGCCGCGCCAGCCGUACGCCGUCGAGGCGGUCACCCCGCUCGCCGGCAGCCGCUACGUGUCCUGCCACAGGGUGCCGUUCCCGUACGCCGUCUACCAGUGUCACGCAAGGAUAGGAUACAGAGCCUACGUGGCGUCGCUUAGGGGCCUCGGCGGUGGCCCGGCGGCUUCCAUGCUGGCGUUCUGCCACGUCGACACCUCCAGCUGGAACCCGGCUCACCCGGCCUUUGGGAUCCUCAACACUCGCCCGGGUGGAAGCCCAGUGUGCCACUUCAUGCCGUAUGGGGAUCUGGCGUUCGUUAACAAGGCUGACAAAGCCUAGCUAGUAUCCAUAUUCCAUAAUCAUCGCUAUCAAGUACAAUGGACAUCGAUCUCUUGUUCUCUCGCGCUUUAAUUGGGGUAUCAGCAUGCAUGGCCUUUGUUCUUACGCUAUACCAAGCAAUAUGCAUGUGCAAUAAUCUAGGUGGCCUAGCUUUGUAUUAUUAUUAAAUAAUAAGGGUGCCAAUAUAUAUACUAGCAAUGGUUGUGGUCCAUGUAUGUAUUAAUUAGCUAGGCCUCAAGGUUUAAUUUGUAUGGAUCUCGAGUGUGUGUUGCAAUUAUUGGGGGUGCACAACAAAUAUGUCGGUAGUGGCUAUAAACGUUUGUAUCUUGUGUUAUGUUGUGGGCUCGUGGCCUAGUAGCGCCAAGGCUAUUAAUUGUAUCGUAUUUGCCAACAA